GAAACACUCUUCACAAUCAGCAACACAAGAUACGGUUCAAAGAUCAUCCAAAUCAGUGAUCACUAUAUUUCUUUAGUGCUGGUAAUUCCUACAGAUCUUAACAAAGUCUUCAACUAUGGUGACAAUUCAACCAAUCUAUGAAUACUAUGAUUUUAACAGCACCGAUGAUCUGAACCAACAAUGGGAAUUGCCUUGUAACAAAAAAGAGGUUAAACAGUUUGCCAGAUUUUUUAUACCUCUUUUUUAUUCAAUCAUGUGUGUGACUGGCCUCUUAGGGAAUUCUUUGGUAAUUGUGAUAUACGUUUUCUAUGAGAAACUGAAAACCGUGACAAAUAUCUAUAUGGUAAAUCUAGCGGUUGCUGACUUGCUCUUCCUCUGCACUCUUCCAUUCUGGGCAGUUAAUGCGUGCCAUGGAUGGAUUUUUGAUACUUUUAUGUGUAAAGUUAUGAAUGGUGCAUACACGGUAAACUUCUACAGUUGCAUGUUAAUACUCACUUGUGUGAGCAUCAACAGGUACAAUGUGAUUGUUCAAGCAACAAAAAUGCUCAAUUGUAAAUACCGAAGAUGUCACAGUGUAGUCUGCACAGCAGUAUGGCUGUUAGCAAUCAUUUUGUCUCUUCCUCAAUUCAUUUUCAGUGAAGCACGUACUGAUUCAUCCUCUAAAAUAUGCUCCAUGGUUUAUCCUACUAAUUUGAGCGUUGCUAUCAAAGUACAAGUGAACAUAAUACAGAUGACUGUGGGAUUUUUGAUACCCUUUGCGGCUAUGGUUAUUUGCUAUUCAAUCAUUGCAAAAACUCUGCUUCACGGUAAAGGUUUCCAAAAACAUAAGUCGUUAAGAAUUAUAUUUGUAAUAGUAAUUGUAUUUGUUUUUUGCCAGUUGCCAUUCAAUAUUGUGAAAUUAAUGGAAACUCUGUCAAUCAUCAACAAUGUUUCUAUUAAGUGUACUGAUAGUAUAAAAGUUGACUAUGCAAUUAUUGUAACUAAAUGUAUAGCAUAUGUCCACUGUUGUCUCAAUCCUAUUCUGUAUGUAUUUUUUGGAGUGAAGUUUAAAAAAUAUAUUUUUAAGUUCAUGAAAGAUAUUGGAUGCAUUGGUCAAAAUCGACUGGCUCUGUAUAUGCGAACUGAACCUGAGACUUCGCAGUUUGGCUCGGGUAUGUCAGAUACAGUUAAGCCUGAAGUUACAAGCAUGCAUACUUUAUGAAAGCAACAUUUUAAUUGUUUGGUUCAUAGAAGUUCCAGCAAAGAAGAGGAUUCUUCCUCUCUGUCAGUGACUGGAUCAUGUCACCUCAUACCCUUUCAUAGAAAUUUCUUUAAACAUUUUUAUGGUCAGCCAGAUAUUUGACACACGAGGAAACCCAUCAUAUGUUUUAGAGUAUCUUUUUUCUUACAAGGCUCCACAUAUGUGUGCCAGCCCAGAGCAAAUGCGAUUCUCUCCCUGGAGGGAUGCACUCUGCUUAUUUAGUUCUAAAAUUUGCUCCAUGGUUUAUCCGUUUAGAAUUAGGUUCAGGUUGGCAAGAGCCAAGGCUUGGGAAGCCCAAAAUAAUAC